UUUCGGCUGCGGGUGAUGCUGAAGAGUUUCUGUCCGUCUCGGGCGGCCGACGAGGAACCCGACGUCUCCUCGUGCCAGCAGUAUGUACAAAGCUGCUUUGGAAGAAUACGAGCUGAAUUCUCAGGUGAUAGGGAAAGAUGAGGCGCAUGAGGACGAUGGCGGUACGCGCACACAGCGGCUGGCGUUGGCCCGAACGCUGCGCAAAAGCAAUCCGACCGAUGGAUGAGGCGCAUGAGGACGAUGGCGGUACGCGCACACAGCGGCUGGCGUUGGCCCGAACGCUGCGCAAAAGCAAUCCGACCGAUGGAUGAGGCGCAUGAGGACGAUGGCGGUACGCGCACACAGCGGCUGGCGUUGGCCCGAACGCUGCGCAAAAGCAAUCCGACCGAUGGCCGCAUCGACCGCCAGAGCGGGUGGGACAUGCUUGAUACGAUACCUCACGGGAAGACACGGGAAGAUGGGGCGCUCUUCAAAAGCAAUCCUACCGAUUACCUCACCUACCGCCAGAGCGGGUGGGACAUGCUUGGCACGAUGCCACACAGGAAGAUGGGACACAGGGGGAGGAGGACGCGCAGCGAGGGAGGGGGAGGGGAGCGGCGGGGAGGGGGGGAGGGGGUUGCCGGGGCCCGAUGGCCUGCCUGCCCUCGAAGGCAGGCAGUGCCUGCGGUCAGCCGUCGAGGCCCGGCCAGCUCAGUCGUCGGUGCAGCAGACAGUGGGCAGCGAAUUCGCAUGCACAGCGCGGAGGAGGAGGAGGAGGAGGACGGCGAGCGCCGCCGGGGCCAUGAGAGCCCCCCCUCCAUGAGCCUGGGCUGCCUUCUGUCGCUGCCUUCCGGGGCCCGGCCGUCGGCACGAUGUCCGCGGCAGUCUGCAACUUGCUGUCUCGGCUCCGCCCGCCGUGCUGCGACAGCUGGCUCUGCAGGAGCUCACCGAAACAAUCGAAUCCUGACGAGGGGGAGGAGGAUCCGAGGGAGGAUCGCUUGGCCGGCCCGGCAUCUUUUUGUCCGGCUGCUCCCCCGCAGUCGGGCGAGCACUCGGUGCUCCGGACGACGGCGGGCGGGGCGUCCUCGCUUUUGCGCAGCGCACGCGCCCGCCCCUUAAAAUUCGGAAUUGGCGAGCAGCUCGGUCCUCGUCCCCGGUGCACGACGCCGGCCGAGGCACGGGCCGAGGGGCGGCGCUUCUGUCAAGUCUCUCUCCGGUCCAGGGCGGGCUCUGGGACGUGCAGCCCCCCUGGGACCUCCUCCUCCUCCUCCUCAAGCCCCGCCCCUCCACGGCGCGAACCCGCCGCGAAUGCCAUGCAAGCUGUUUUUUGGCGGCCUCGGCGCGCGCGGCGCCCCAGCGCCGAGGGCGCUCCCGGCGCUCGGCCCGCCCAGUCUCGGGGCGCGCGGAGCGGGAAA